CUGAAUUGCGAAUAUCGAAAAGAAGAAAUUCUUGAAACGAAUUCUUAUCGGAUUUUUGGAAAAUGAAUUUCUAAAGUGAAAUCAUCAUCAUGGUUUUUGUAAAUGUUAUUCGUUGGGCUAAUGUAGCCCGAAAUUUAAAAACAACAACUUUAUCAACGGCUAUUAAAUUAAGAAUCAAUAGACCUUUAAUACCAGCUGCACAAAUGAAUUUAGAUGAUUAUCAAGAUAUUAUUAGUGAACAAAAUAUACCGGCAAUACGGCCAUGUUAUCCAUGUUCAUCGUUUUAUGAUGAAACCUUAUCAAAAUUUGUUAAUCGUGGACAACGUAAAGGACAACGUAUAAUGAUGCGUGAAUUAUUAAGGGAAACAUUUAUGAUUAUAAAACGUAUUCAAUUGACAAAAAAAUUGAAUAAUUCCGGAAAUGGUAAUGGUGGUGAAGAACAAGAAGAAGUCGUUUGUGAUCCAUUAGUAAUAUUUCAUCAAGCAAUUCGUAAUUGUAUGCCAUUAAUGAUAACCAGACCUGUUAAACGUGGUGGUGCUACUUAUCAGGUACCAUUUCCUAUUAGUGAAAAAGAAUCGGAAGAACUGGCAAUGCGUUGGUUAUUCGAAACAGUUGUUGAACGACCACGACCACGGAAACAAUUUUUCCCUGAAAUAAUGGCUCGUGAAUUGAUCGAUUGUUAUUAUAAUCAAGGUAAAGUAGUGAAGAAAAAACAAGAUAUACAUAGACAAUGUGAAAAUAAUAAAGCAUAUGCACAUUAUCGUUGGGGUUGAUCGAUUGUUGGAUCAAACCUUAAAACAUCCAUCGAUUAUCAUUAUCAACAACAAACAAAAAACAUAUAAAAAACAUUUCUGCGUAGGUGUAUAAACUCUAUACAAACAUAAUUUUUAUUAUUAUUUGUCAAAAAAAAUUAUUAUUAUCCAACAUUCAUUAUCAUCAUCAUCAAUAAUAAUAAUAAUAAUAAUCCGUUAUAGAGAGUGUUGUAGUUGGUUAAAGAUGAUAAUUAAUUAAAGAAGAAUUUUUUUUCAGUUUUUGUUGAAAAUAUUUACAUUUUUAAAAAAAAUCGACACAGUUUUUGUUUUCGACAAUGUUU